UAAGGGGCGGGCGCCCGUCUGGAUAGUUUGCAGACGCGCAGCGAGAUGUCUCGGACGGUGAAACUGUGUGGCCCCGGACCCUGGGGAUUCCGUAUUACCGGCGGCAGAGACUUUCACAAGAAAAUCACCGUCUCCAAGGUCACUAGUGGGAGCAAAGCAGACUUAGUGGAUCUCCGGCUGGGAGACCUGAUCACGAGCAUCAAUGGGACUGAAACCUCUGACAUGCUCAACAUGGAGGCUCAGAACCGGAUCAGAAUGUGUGAAGGGGAUCUCAUCCUCGACAUUGAGAGGCCAGAGGCAGGUUCCCCUGGACCCCUUGAUGGAUCUCCCACAAACACUUUCCUUGCACAGAGAUUCGAGAGUGUCCUACACACGGACAAGGAUGAGAAUACGAACCUUGUCAAGAGAAGGUGGAGUGCAAGCAACAGUCCACGAUCCCCAAACCUCACAUCUGUCCGAUCCCUCUCUCCUGCACCUGAUCAGAAAUCCAUCUCUCCCAAUACUAACAUGAGGACUGUAUCCCCAGCUUGGAGCUCAGAAGAGAAGGAGGAGACAGCAUUUCGGGGAAAUAUGGUGCCGAAGGGAUUCCAAGCAGGGAUUCAGGUCCGCAGGAGCCUCUCUCCUGUCUCCAGUUCCUACUCUGUGCCCAGAGUGAGCCACUCCACAGACUCGAGUCCCUCGGAGGUAAGGCAUAGGACUGAAAGAUCACACUCUCCCAGCUCUGCCGCUCUGAGCAACAGGGUCCCAGAUCGGCGUUCCUCAAAUCAUAUCGACAAAGACUCGGAGGUUUAUAAGAUGAUCCAGGAGAACCGAGCUGCAAAGGAACCUCCUCGACAAUCCAAUCGUUUCCGUCAGCUUCAGGAGGCACUGGAUGCAGACCAGGACGGAGCAGUAGUUCAGUUCCCGGGAAGAUUCUCUCCCUCCGCCCCAAACACACCAGUGCCCAAAUAUCGUGUGUGUGAGAAAUGUGGAUCAAGCAUUACGACGGAGGUGGUGAAGAUUCGAGACGGCUGUUACCGGCACCAGCAGUGCUACGCCUGCACUGACUGUGGCCUGAACCUCAGCAUGAGAGGCCAUUUCUGGUUUCAAGAUCAGAUGUACUGUGAGAAACAUGCUCAGAAACGGUUCCAGGAAGCAGAGGGGAGCUCAUGAGCUGGUCAGAUGCAAGACUGACCUCUGAAACCCUCCAGACAGCCAGUGUGGAUCCCCUUUGUCAAAUACCUGCUUAUUUGAUUGAUUUAAUAAAGGAAUGAUGGCA